AUGAGCGCAGCGUUCAGUCCGUCCUUCAUGGUGAUGCAGCGGCCACUCGGAAGCACCACCGCCUUCAGCAUCGACUCCCUGAUCGGGGGGCCCCCGCAGCCCAGCCCGGGACACUUCGUCUAUACCGGCUACCCCAUGUUCAUGCCGUACCGGUCGGUGGUGCUCCAGCCACCUCCUCCGCCUCCUCCAGCCCUGCAACAGGCUCUCCCCGCCGGGCACCACCCGCACCCGCAGAUCCCCAGCCUGCAGAGCGGCUUCUGCUCCAGUCUGGCGCAGGGCCUGACGCAGGGCAUGGCGCUCACCUCCACGCUCAUGGCGUCGCUGCCCGGCGGAUUCUCCUCGUCCCAGCAGCACCAGGAGGCGGCCAGGAAGUUCGGCUCCCAGGCGCUGCACGCGGUCUUCGACAAAACUCAGGAGCUGCGGCUGGACACCGAGGACGGGAAGAGUUUCCUGCAGGGGAAGGAGUCCGCGGCGCUGCAGGCGUUCCACGACACGGACACGUCGGUGCAGACAUCCACAGUCAGAGCACACAGUAAAGAAGACUCCAAGGAGGACGAGUGCGGCCGGAAAGACGAGAGCUUCUCCAUGGACAGUGACCUGGACUACAGCUCUGAUGACAACAUCACCUCCAUGUGCCACAAGGAGGACGGGGACGGCGGCGGCGGAGGUCUGGAUGACGGCCCACACUUGCACGGCUCCACCGGCGGUGGAACCGGGGCGGGUGGCGGCGCGGGGAGCGGCGGAGGCGGCAAGAACCGGCGGCGGCGGACGGCGUUCACCAGCGAGCAGCUGCUGGAGCUGGAGAAGGAGUUCCACUGCAAAAAGUACCUGUCCUUAACCGAGCGCUCCCAGAUCGCGCAUGCGCUGAAGCUGAGCGAGGUGCAGGUGAAGAUCUGGUUCCAGAACCGGCGCGCGAAGUGGAAACGGGUCAAAGCCGGGAACGUCAACAACAAGUCCGGGGAGCCGUCCCGGAACCCCAAAAUAGUCGUCCCCAUCCCGGUGCACGUGAGCCGCUUCGCAAUAAGGAGUCAGCACCAGCAGAUGGAGCAGGCCAGACCGUAG